AUGAUGAUGAUGUGAUAAAUCAAAUGUCAAUGAAUAUAGACUGUUUGUUUUUUUCAUCAUCCUGUAAACAUGGAAAUGAAAAUUCAAUUUAAAAAUUUGUUACAACAAAAAAAGGUCAAAACUGCAAAUAUUUGAUGACAAAUAGUGGAUCCAAAUGUUUUUUCAUUUGUAUUUCAACAGAGUCGAAGCAAUUCUAGCCGUUCACUGUUAUUGUUGAUUAAAGAUGAGAUGAGAUGGCAGAAAAUUCUAAUUUUAGAAUACCGUUCUUCUUUGGACUCUUUAUGCUGGUGCUAUAUAUGAUUGAUUUUUAGCCGAAUGUUUGUUUCAUGUUUUCACUUUGCUUCUACCAAUCUUAUGCUUUCGAUUCGGUAUGCAAACGAAUUCUAUUGUUUGCGAAAAACGAAAACGAAAACGAAAGCAGCAAUAGAAACACGUUUUCCGGUAAAAACCAUAUAGUGUGAUAUUUGGUUAAAAUUUCAUCCAAAAUGUCUUCGGAUUCAGUUUGUACCAUUCGAACUCGCAAAUUCAUGACGAAUCGUCUAUUGUUUCGACGUCAAAUGAUUGUGGAUGUAUCACAUCCGAAUAAAGCAACACCAGGCAAACAAGAACUACGGGAAAAGAUUGCUAAAAUGUACAAAACUACACCAGAUCUAGUGUUUUGUUUUGGUUUUCGUACACAAUUUGGUGGCGGUAAAAGUACUGGUUUUGCUCUCAUCUACGAUACAUUGGAUCAUGCAAAAAAAUUUGAACCAAAACAUCGUUUAGUAAGAAAUGGAUUGAAAAAAGUAGAAAGACAAGCACGAAAACAACGUAAAGAACGAAAGAAUCGAAUGAAAAAAGUUCGUGGUACUGCCAAAACUAAAGUUGGUGCCGGUGCACAGAAAAAGAAAAAAUGAGCCAAACCGGAAAAGAAAUUCAAGACAUAUUAUAUGUACAAUGUACUCAAACACCAUAUAAACUAUUUCAUUUGUUUUUUUUUGCAUCUUUAGUGCAUAGAAUUUUGCUACGAAUAUAACGAAUAAUUCUGUAUAUGUAAGAAGUAAUUCAACAAUCAAUUACUUGGGUGCUCAUACUAGUCAUCAGACAUGUUUUUUAAUUUGUUUGUUUCUCAAACAUGAAUGACACUUUUCAAAUGAUCAUCAAACGACUACGAAACCAUCAACAAUGUUGUAUGAAAAGUUGAUUGAUUAUGAAUAUGGACAACAAUAUUUCAUUUGUAGUUUUUGAAAAUUAAAAAAAAUGACCACAAAUUAUUGUUGGUCGAUUGUGCUUGAUUCUGAA